AGCAAAUAUAUAUUAAUGAAUCUAAGAGACUUAUAAAAUCCCCUUUUUAAAAAAAGAAAAAAAGAAGAAGAAGAAGAGGAGACCUAUGAAUUCCAAAAAGGGUAUUAUAAAGCAUACAAAAACAUAUAAGCUAUUAUAUUUUGUUUAGGAUUAAGUACCUACAUGUAUGUAAAAUACACAAUAGCAGUACGUUUAAGUUAAAAGUCUCCUAAUCCAUGUUAAAAAAAAGAACGAAAUUGCACAAUCUCAGUCUCAGACGUGUUCCUAAUCCAACUAAAAGAAGAAGCAUACAUGAAGCUUCUUAAUUUUCUGCAAAGAGAAAACAUAUAUAUAUAGAUACAAGUAGCAUUGGUAGAUUUAAAGGUUUUUCCAAAGUUUUGAGGCAACCAUGACGAUAUCUCUAUUCAACAGGUUGUUGAAGGGUAAAACAAAGAGGGAAGCUGCCGGAAGGCCGUACAUUCCACAUGAUAUAAUACUCAGCAUUCUUUUAAGACUACCCGUAAAGUCAAUCAUAAGAUUCAAAGCCGUGCAUAGCUCCUGGCUUUCUUUGAUUUCAAGUCCCGAGUUUUCUUUUAGACAUCUCCAUCAUGAAAGAGCAUGCUUCCAUAAACACGGAGUUAUACAAAUUCGCAACAGACACACCGCAUACCCAUGCCUUUCACUUCGAAGCAGCUUCGACACCGCAGCAGAAGAUGUCGAUCGCGAUCAUGAUCUAGUCGACAUUCAAAAUCCUUUUGGUGAAGUGUAUCACAGCACCUAUAUUCGUGCUGAGGUCCUUGGUUCUUGUAAUGGAUUGUUACUUGUAUGUCUCAUUCAUCGUGAUAGGAGGUCAAGGGAAUUUUUAUUGUGGAAUCCUUCUACUAGAGAGCAUGAAAAGAUUAGCUGCAAUUAUUACAGUCCUCUUACCAAUAUUGUCGGGCUUGGUUACGACGAGUUUAAUGAUAAUUACAAGAUUGUAGAUGUGUCUUUUAAAAGACCAGGAGAAGCCGUCAUUAAUGUCUAUAACCUCAAGGAGCGCUGCUGGGAGAUAAAAAACUAUGACUUCCCCUACAAGGUAUAUUAUUAUCAACCAGGGACUACUCUAGCGAAUGGAAUCCCCCAUUGGCUUGUGCUAAGGCGGGUUAAUUACGCAAGUGUGGUUCUGUUAUCGUUUGAUGUGGUGGAAGAGAAAUUCAAGGAGGUACCUCUACCUGCGGCCAUAAAAGCUUCAACUUAUAUUUCUACUCUAUAUGGGUACCUUUGUAUGGGAGAUGCCGAUUCUCGAGAAAUAUGGAUGGUGUGGAUAAUGAGAGAAUAUGGUGUGGGAAAAUCUUGGAUUAAAUUGAACAUCUCUUUUCCUGAACCACCUGAAAUGCCAUUUCUGUAUCGCUUAAUACCACAUGAAUUUAUAAACAAGGAUCGAGUCGUAAUGAGUAUAGAUUGGAUGACUCUAGUUAUAUAUUCCCCUAGUAGAAAGGAAUAUAAGAAUGUUUUGAUUUCUGAUCAGGAGUUCAGUGUGGCGACGUAUGCAGAGAGUCUUGUAUCUCCUAAAAUCUACAAGAAAGAGAAGACAUGAUCCAAAAGUAUUUUAAUUUUAGAUAGAUAGUGAGGAGCGAUUUUUAUUUUGGCUACAGAUGUUAAUUAAUUAUAUUUUUUUGAUAGUUUUAGGCCUCUAUUUCAUUACUAAUCUUACAUCUUUAAAGUAUUCUACGGUGUUUGCAAAUCAAUAGUGUCUUGCUUACUUGUGAUCAUUAAAACUGGUUCAUAGAUUUGGUAGCAAUUUAAUCAUUUUGUCGCUAAAACAUGUGGGAAAAUUAAACUU